ACGCGCGGCCUUUAUACGUAUGUAUGUAUGUACGUACGUGUGCUUCACAUACAGGCGCGCGCGCACACACCCAUCUCGCACACAUACACACGCCGCGGGCCGUUGCGUCUUUACGUGCGCGGUGAGAACGCGGGCUUGACACCAAGUCGCAAUUAGAGUUGGUAAACUGGUCGGGCUCGUCGCGCGCGUCGUCGAGUGGAAGGUCGAGUGCGUCGUCGGGUGUUGUGGGACAGAUUCCUGCGAGAUAUAUCGACGACGAGUGUCAUCCGGAGAGCGGAGAGGUGAUCGCGAUCGGGAUCUCGACAGUGACCGUGAUACUGCGUAUCAGCGAAAAAGAAACGACAAUGUCCGUGAUUAUGGAUUGUUAUCGUCAGUAGCGGGCGCUACGCGUGAGGCUGUGUGUAUUUUGUGUGCUCUUCACGGCAUACGCAUAUAAUAUCGCCCUCUUUCUCGCUCUUGGAAGGACAGGCCUGACGUGUACUGUCAAUUCGGGGACAAACAACGCUAAAGUUGCCCUCCUCCCGCCGCCACUGCUGGCUGUGUUGCAUUGCGUUCGUGCGUGUGUGCGUCGUUCGCUCGCUCCACUCUUUUUUUCGCGCCUUUGGCCUUCGCCGGGAAGACGAUAACUCUUUCCCCGAACUUCGUCUCGCCAGCAAAGGCGAACGCACCUUUGUUUAUCGGUGGGAUUCGUCGCGUCGCGUCAUCGCGUCGUCGCUCAGUAUCUCUCGCUGUCUCUUUCGCGUCGGUCUCUCUUUCUCUUUCACUCUUUCGGUGCUAUAAGUAGCGAGCCAGCGCGCACGUAGGACGGUAUAUACUCGCCCGCGACACCUCGACGAGCGGAGGACCUUGACUCUCGCGCUUCACCAAGCCUGUACUGGAACUCGAUCACCUUCCCCCCAAAUCCCUUAACCAGCUAUCUGUAAUGUGCAAGUACAGCAAGGAGGCCGGGAAGACCACUACGUCGACAAUUAAUCUCGUGCACUCGAAGAGGAAAGGAAUUUUCAUACACCCGAGAGAAAUGCUCAGCAACUAUCCAACGAGUUCGCGAGGUCAAAGAAAAAGCUGCUUCCUGACGUUUCGCCUGUACUGAACGGCGUCUGGGAACUCGGAGUAAACGUAUUAUCUAGAUUCGCCUGGACGGCGAGGCCCCUAACGGGAUGUUGACGUUGUAAGUCGGGUAGGCCGCAACCUACACGGUGUGAGAACCACCGACCCAACGUAAAGCUUUCAAAGCUCUUCAAAAUAGAAGCUACAGGAGUUUCCUCGCGUAAUCAGAAAGAGAGAUCGCAGCAACCAGGAUGAAGUUGUUGGAGAACACACAUUUGGAAGCUAUAAACAGUGCCUUGUCCAUCAAGACCGGAGAUAGCAGGAUAAUCGGGAGGAUUGAGAGUUACUCUUGCAAGAUGACAGCCAACGACAAGCAGAUGUAUAAACGGUACAAUGCAGAGCAGGGAGGCACGCCACAUGAUCUCCAAGCUCUAUCUCCACCACAGACGUCUCUGGGAACAUCUCCGGCUCAGGGUUGCUUGAGCCGUAGCGUUUCUGGCGACGAAGAAGGUCCACUGUGCGACACGAUCAGCAGGAAAACAUUGUUUUAUCUAAUCGCCACGUUGAAUUCAACUUUUAAUCCGGACUACGAUUUCUCGGAUGCCAAGAGUCACGAGUUCAGCAAAGAGCCCAGCCUGCAAUGGGUGAUGAACGCAGUGGACGGUAAUCUCAACGCCACCGCGGGCGAACACUACCGUUCGUUACGUUCUGCUCUUUGGGCGGCUGUUGAUAAAGAGAUCUCGUUGCAGGGGUGUGAUAUUUACAGUUACAAUCCGGACUUCGCAUCAGAUCCUUUCGGAGAAGACGGAUGCCUGUGGUCUUUCAAUUAUUUCUUCUAUAACAAAAAGCUGAAGCGUAUCGUUUUUUUCACGUGCAGAGCGAUAAACCCUCUUUACGUGCUGGAUUCCGGAGUUGGUAGCGACUUCGCCAUGGAUGAAGAUGACGAAGAUAUCUAUUAAAUUAUCUUCACAAGGGUGUGCACAUAACAAUACACGUACAUGAAUUCAUGUUUGCAAUUCUUAGUCUUCAAACUUUGAAUCUUCGUACUACUCUGAUUUUGCAUUACAAAUUAGUUAGGAAUUAUUUUGAAUACCGUUUUAGAAUUUCUGUGUUUGACAAUCAUCGCUAAUAGUAACACUAUGCGACAAAAAUCUUAUAAGCCCGUUCUACAUUAAUCGCAAGUAGCCAGUUGCGACUUGCGACAGCCAAUGAACGCCUAGUUUCUAGUUAAAGCUCGACAGUCAUUGGCUGUCGCAAGUCGCAACUGGCUGCUUGCGAUUAAUGUAGAACGGGCUUUAGAUGGUAAAAGUCUUACUUUCAUAGUUUAUUAAGUGACAUUGAUCUUGAAUAACUUUUAACGAAACUCUCGCGAGGAUUAAUAAUUUUUGUAGGAGUAGAUUACCUAUAUAUAUGUAUACUAUAUUCUAUAUUAUCUCUAUGAAAAAAUUUAUUAGAGCAAGCUAUAAGGAUUCUUCUCUGUCUCUUCGUGAUGUGAUUACGUUCUUACUCUUGAUAUAAUAUUAAACAUAUAUUUUGAAGGCAAAUUGUACGUAAUAAAGUCCAAUAAUAACUGUUAUAUGCAAUA